GCUAAUUGCUCUCGUCGGCUCGGUUACAUGUAAUUUCUACGAGACUGUACAAAAUAUACAUAUAUAUCUAAUUAUUUGCUGUGAUUUAAAGUGGCGCGUGUGUGUGUUUGGUGCACUGUACACUAAUUAAAUAUUCGGAAACCGACCCCCUUGCCACCCAGAAGAACCGACUGAAAUCGUAGAACAUCAGCAGUACAAAACGUACAAAAAUAAUAUCGUCUGUCGCGAGUUCAUCUAAAUGUGAUAGUGUUAACGUACAGAAAUGUUCCGUGUGGAUAAUAGAACUUCGUGCACAAUGUAUUUCAGUUUGUUCGACCUGAUAAACCACGAGGAAGGUUAAAAGUACCCCACCUGUGAGUGCUUUCAGCAAUUCUGCGGACUAAAUAAUCGUUUAUCCUCGACGUGGUUCAUUACAAAAAUUGUUACUAGGGACCGCAUGAAAUUGUAAUAAUAAACUGAUACAGCUGAAAUAAUUUUGUGGUCUUUUCAAUUCCGUCGAAAAUGUAAAAGCGGGCCGGCGACCUGUUAACCGCCAAACUCACUAUCCCGACUUCCUCUCCGGCCACCAGCAGCAACAAGCCGUCGGCGAAGAGGCGGCGCAAGGUGGGCUGCGUCCCGACACCCUAUAUAACGGCCAACCGCCACCGCCGAGUCGCACUACGCGUCGCGACGGCGUGUUGACCCAGACCUAAAACCCACCAACCAGUCUGACAUCUCUAACUGCUUUCGAAGGAGAGGAUUGUGAAGAAGUGUCAGAGGCUAGAUCCAUCGACGCACCUGAAGUUAUGACCCCAUCGCUGAAGGCCGUCUUGAGCGUCGCGACGCUGCUCGCCGUCUCGAUUGCGUUCACCGCCGGACUGCCGAAGAUGGCCGGUCAGCACCAGGAGGUCGCUCUUCGGCCACGCUUCGCCCAGCUCUUCCAGGGGAAUAACUUACCCACCAGAUCUAAAAGGACAGUUGGGGAGUUCCAUAUUCCAGAAUCCGAAUGCAUUUAUAUGACGAGUCAGGAGGGCGAAUUCACCCACAAAGCGAUGAAUCCUGAGGGUAACGCCUGCGGAGUAUUCAUCGGCAGCGAGCCAGAUCAGAUAAUCGAGAUUAGAUUUAAUUAUCUUGAUGUUCCCUGCGAGAACGGCGGCUUAAUUGCAGUGGUCGACGGUUGGGAAUUAAACGGUGAGUUCUUCCCUCAGUUCGACGACACGCACACCAAGCCGAGAUUUACGGAAAUUUGUGGGGAACGGAAAGUCAAGACGAGAUUCUACAGUUCGCAAAAUGCAGCCCUUAUACAAUAUCGGAUGCCUAAAAGAGGCACCAGCUUCAGUUUUACCGUCAAAUUCCACAAGAAUCCCACCCCUUGUAACGUGAUGUUCCAAGAGGUGGACGACAUUUACACGAUCAGAAACUACGGCAGAAGGUCCAAUUGUAGUUUGAGCACGGUUUUCCCGGCUAUCGUGAAAAUCGUCGCGAUCGACGUGGGAGUGACUCCAAGCGCCGGUCGAGGCCUCGAACUCGAGACUGGCACCAUCCAUAAGGUUCGGUUUCAGUGUCAGAAACGCGGUUUGGAGGACUACGUCCAGAUUGGCGGGUCCACAGGACUCGACACCAGUAAAAUGGAAAUCACGGAAUCCGUCUGCGGCCUCAACUCCAAACCAGAGCAUAGAGAAGAAGCGAUAGCUUGCGAGACGACAACUGUCCGCCUCGUAUCAAGUGGUGCGUUCGACAACUCGGUAACAGUCAACCUGAGGAAACUGGAAGAAGACCAUCUUAAGGACGGAUUUUUAAAUCUCGUCUGCGGACUCGAGGACUUAAAAUAAAAUAAAAAUGCAAUCAUCAAUGAAGAGAUCUACAUUCCGUUUCAUCAGUAUUUUAUUGAAACCGCACAAGAUCCUCAAGACUAAUAAACACAAAACAUUAUCAAUAACAAUAUCAAAUAUUAUAUUUGUCAAAUUGUAGAGAAAACUGUAAUUGUAAAAUAUUAUAGUAUAAAUAUAUAAAUAUAUGUACAAAAAAUUAUAAAAAUCUUAUUUGAGGAGUAAAAUUUCAUCAAAUG